AUGGCGACGAAGGGAGAGGAAACACACGAGGAUGUCUACAACACCUUAGACACCAUCUCAGAUGUCGACGAACGAGAAUUGGCCGCAAUGGGCAAGAAAAGCGUCCUCCGUCGCAACUUCUCACGCAUCUCUAUCCUCGGGCUCUCCUGCUCCAUCGUUAUAACGUGGGAAGCCAUGUUCAGCGUCCUCAUCUUCGGCCUGUUGAAUGGCGGACCAGGCGGACUUAUAUAUGGUUAUGUGUUCUGCUGGAUCGGCUGGGCGGCUGUAGUUGCGACGAUGGGGGACCAGCCGUCUUACAAUCCUUCGCGGUGGCACGGAACUCUGAUGAUCUUCGCGAUCAUUCUUGCCUUUCUCGUGUUCAACACCUUUCUGUCUAAACUAUUCCCGCACGUCGAGACUUGCAUUUUAGUUUUGCACAUUACUUUGUUCAUCGUGGUGUUAGUCGUCUUGACAGUCAUGGCGCCGCAAAAAAGUAGUAACGCUGAAGUGUGGACGCUGUUCCUCAAUCAAGGGGGUUACGAGAGCAAAGGAUUGAGCUUUUUCGUUGGGCUAAUUACUCCUGUCUUUGCAUUCAGCGGCGCAGAUGGCGUCGUGCAUAUGAGCGAAGAGAUUCGCAACGCGAGCCGCGUCGUGCCAUGGGCAAUGAUGACACAAACAGACUCGAUAGCUAUCAACGGCAUAACGGGCUUCGCCAUUCUCAUCGCUAUACUCUACUGCAUCGGCGACAUAGAAGCCGCCCUCACCACGCCAACAGGGUACCCCUUCAUUGAGAUUCUGACACAAGGCUCUGGCUCAGUUGCGGGCGGGACUGCUAUUUCCGCGCUCCUCGUCGUAAUGUACGCCCUUGCGACACUCGGUGUCAUUGCAACGGCGUCAAGGCAGCUCUGGGCUUUUGCACGAGACAACGCAGUUCCCAACGCGCGCCUGCUCUCAUAUGUGCAUCCGGGCAUGAAGGUACCUGUAGUCAGCAUUGUGGUCACAGCGUUAAUAACCUGUUUGUUGAGUCUGAUUAACAUCGGCAGUGCAGCAGUCUUCAACGCCAUAGUCUCUCUCACUGUUGCGGGCUUCUUCGGCUCAUACCUCAUCCCUUUCAACCUCUUUUUGUACACGCGAUUACGGCAUCCGGACAGGAUUGCUCCGGGGCCGUGGACACUGGGAAAAUGGGUGUGCCUUUUACUGCGGUGGGUAUGA